GGGACCUGUACGGGUCCAUUGGGUCACCGGUGCGACUAUCAAGGACGGUGGUUGUCGGUCGCAGACAGGAGCUGGUCCAGAGACUCCUCUAUGUCCUGACUUACUUCAUCCGCUGCUCUGAGCUGCUGGAGACCCACAUGCUGGACAGCGCUGAGGACGAGGCUAUUGUUAUGCCCGGCUCCCUCAUCACCACCUCCUUGAGAAAAGGAGAGGUGGAGGAGUCAGACUACGUCCUGGUAACCGUCCAUAAACCCAGUGGGGACUACUUGUCUGAAGGGGCAAGCGACCAGCAGACUGAAGCAGAGGACAGCAGCUACCCUUCAGACAACAGCCUCCAGAGCAGCACGUACACAGACACAGAGUUGGAGCAGGGGGCCGGGGACACACCUAAGGAAGAAGAUGAGGAUGAGGAAGACGAGGAGGACAGCAGUGAGAGUCAAGGGUCUAGAAGUAGUGUGCUUCAGUCGGGACACAGUCAGGGUAACAACCCUGAUAUCAGGACUACAGAAGCAGAUGAAUCCAGGGAGCUGCGCAUAGAGUCCAGCAGUCUGCUGGCUACCGAAACCCGACUGGAGAAGGUGUUGCGUGUUGGCUCAGCUUCCCCCAGGGAGCAGGUUUCUGUGCUGGAUACAGAGAACAAGGGUGACCUCAAGCUUAUUGUCCCACCCAUACCCACAAUUAUUCCAUCAAGUCCUUCUCCAACAUCUAUCACCACAAACAGUAUAAACUUCGGGGCAGAGGGUGGGAUGGAUGCAGGCAACCAGCUCCAGGCUCCUCGUCCUUUAGGGAUCCCUUUAGAGAAGAAACCCCCAGACAAGAGCCCAGCUGCUACAGUGCCAGUACCAAUUGCUGGGCCCAUGGCUUUGACUCUAACAGAGGAGGAAGAGCCUGCAACUAAAGUCACCUUCCUCAUUGGAGACUCCAUGUCUCCUGAGUCGGACACAGAGAGCCGCAGAAGGAAGGUGGAUGAAGAAAUCAAAAAGCACAAGAAACACUUCAAGGACAAACAACCGCUCCACCAGCAGCUGCUACUGCAUCAGCAACAAACGCACCUUUAUAAGCAGAGAGGAGGAGAUUCAAAGACCAGCAACAGCAGUGCAUCAGAGGACCAAAGCAAACAGACCAAGGUGGCUCCACCCCUGCAGCGGGUGUCCAGCAAGAUGCCUCAGUGGAGGCCCAACUGUGUGGAUGAUUUUGAUGAGUAUUUCAGUCUGGAGAACCCUGUGGAGACGAGGACUAUAGACGACGAGGCCAAAAAUCAGGAAGCCAGCACCACAGACAGUCUACACAAAGACUUGCUGGACCCCUCGGGAGUCCCACAGUCCAGUGACUUAGGGGCUCCAAGUUUUCAGGGGCCAGUAAGGGUUCAGGGGUUGGGUCUCUGUUUGGGUUCAGGUAGUGGACUGGUAGGGUCCAGCAGGAGGGGGGACACAUUGUUGGAUGUCCAGAGAAGGUGCAGAUGCGGGUCUACAGACUCCUCUGACACGUGCUGCAGCAGGGGCUGUUCUGCUGAGCAGGACAAUGGUCUUCUGUUGUCUGUCCCUGUCCCCCAGGAUGAAAGCAGCAGCAAAGAGGACCAAAAGCGAAAAGCUGUGCCUCUCAGUGACUGGGAAAUUCCACGCAAUGAGAGCUCAGACAGUGCACUGGGGGACAGUGAGAGCGAGGAGACAGAGGACUGGCAGGAGGAAGUGCUGGUGCCAUUCCCUGGGUCGAAGUUGGUGGAGAACUACUCAAAACCAAGCAUUGCCAAUUUCGGUCGCUCUCUGUUUGGAGGCUACUGCCCCACAUAUGUGCCAGACUUUGUACUGCAUGGAAUGCCCAGUGACGAGAAGCUACGACAGAGUCUCAUGGCGGAAUUAACCCAUGCUGUACAGCAUCCAGUAUUGGAUGAGCCCAUAGCGGAGGCCGUCUGCAUUAUAGCAGACACAGACAAAUGGACGGUGCAGGUGGCAAGCAGUCAGAGACGAGCCACUGACGUCAACAAACUGGGGAAGGAGGUCCUGGUAUCCAGCCUAGUGUCCAGCUUAUUACAGUCCACUUACCAGCUUUACAAGCUCAACCUCUCGCCCAACUUUUGUAUAAUGCACCUUGAGGACCGCCUGCAGGAAAUCUACUUCAAGAGCAAGAUGCUUGCUGAGUAUUUGAAGGGCCAGACAAGAGUCCAUGUCAAAGAACUGGGAAUGGUCUUAGGAAUUGAGUCCAGCGACCUUCCCUUGUUAGCUGCGGUGGCCAGUACGCACUCCCCCUAUGUGGCCCAGAUUCUGUUAUGAGACUGGAAUGCCACUGAGGUCCUGAGCAGUGAGUGAGACCUGGGAAGUGUCACUCUGGCCCACCUGAAAGAUGACCCUCGACACGGUUGCCUGACCUUCUUUCCUGGGCUAAAUAGGAUCUGUGCUCUGAAGCUGAGCAGUGCACACAGACCACAGCGGGCAUCUUCCCUCAAUACCACAGCUGCUGAAUGUGGGGCAAUGCUGCUACUGCACCACUAAGGGGAACUAGAGACCACAGUCCCACAGAUGGAGAGACGCUCUGUGCUGUAUCCCUCAAAUAACCUUUUCCUGUCUGAAUGUUUCUUUUACAACAGGACUCUUUUAUUUUUGGACACAAAAGCCAAAGACUUUUUUUUUUUCCAUAUUGAUCCAGUUAAAGGAUGGAAAUAUCUACAUUAUAAUAACAAUGGAUUUUGUUUCCUCUUUCUUUCCGUACAAUCUUCAACACAGUGAUACAAUGGAAACUGAUGGACUUUUAAAGCAUUUAUUUAAAAAAUAUAUCAUUAAUAUCAUUAUCAAUCUCAUGCCACUUAUAUAUUUCAUUUAUCUUUAUGCAUUUGUUUACAAGCCAAUAUUUCACUCAGAUAUCUCAGUAACUUUGAUAUGCUAGUUUUUGUCCAAUUGCAGCACACACCUACAUUUAAGCGCCUAUUUUCUUUUCACAUUGGGGUAUUGACACUCAGUGAUUUUGGUUCCUCAAACUUUUUUUAAAAUAGCUAAAAGUGCUUUUGACAUUCUUAUCAUAGGUACAGCACUACCUCAGAUCUUCAAAUGGGCAGUAGAUGACUCACAUUUACAGUGGCUCAAUAGAAAACCCUGAGGUAAAACAUUUUUAAACUAUUUUAAUCAGAAGAAAGGUUCAGCUGUGUGCAGACUCUAUGCUGUGUUCUUAGAGAAAUAGGGGAAGCUGUUAAAUUCCUUCUUAUGAUCACUUCGCACGGAAAAUUAAAGGAAAAAAAAAACGUGUUUUUGCUGCAGAUUGUGACUGCGGGGGCGGGGGUCCCUUUCUACUGUCGAAAAGUUGAACAAUGCAUUAUCUACAUCUAUUUUAAAACCAAAAUGCUGAGUAUUUUCUCACUUUUAUAGCUUCCCCACCUUUUUACGAUGUUUACGGCUUUGAUGUUUGCUGCAGAGAGAAGACAGAGUAAGCCUUAUAGUGGGUCAAAAUAUGUAUCAGUUAACUCUAUUUUCAAACGCAUUUCUAUGACAUCUAAAUACAAAAAACACACAACCUACAAGUCUAUUAUUGCACACUUGACUUUUAAUUUCCCAUAAUAUUGACAGAUAAAUGAUUUUAAGUUAUUUUUUUAAAAACAUAUAGCCAUGGUGCAAUUUGCUAUUGUGACACCGCUACGGUCACUUUCACAGGUUCUGUUAUUCAAAUAUUUCCUCUGUGUGUAAAUUUGAACCUGGUGGGCAAGUGGGACAUUUAUUUUUUUAUUUUUUAUUUUUUGCUUUCUGUGGUCAUCAGUUGAAAGCAUUGGAAGAUAAUCUGUAUCACAUUUGUCUGAUUGCAGGUACAAUAGGGUGAGUUAAAUUCCAGGAUGAAUGACUGCAAUAUUUACGAUAAAUACAUCCAAAAGCAUGAAUGGUGCGCAUACAGUACACCACUGUAGCCCAGUCAUAGCCUUUAACCACAUCUGUUUACCUUGAUGUGAAAGGAUGCAAAGUUUAAUUUAUUCCAGCUCAAUAAAAAAAACUCCUCUUCGUGGAUUCUUGAAAGUAACUUUCCUAACUUUAUAAGAUUCAAUCUUAGAGGACCAGUGUGUAAGAGUUAAAGAAAUGUAUUUGCUGAAGUAAAAGUCAUCAUUAUUGGUUUAUCACCUGGAAAUAAGAAUUAUUGUGAUUUAGCUUGAGCUCACAAUGAGACUUUAUAUCUUUAUAUCAUGACAUCCACCAUGUUUCUACAGUAGCCCAGUAAUGGACAGAACGUGUUGCCUUCAGUUAAACUCGCUGUAGGUGCAUAGUCUUCGAUAGGGAGGCGGAGGUGAGGGGUUUUUUCAGUGUUUCAAUCUGCCAAUGCAUUGGUAGAAACCACUGAAUUUGUCCCACUGCUUCUUUAAAGAUUGUAACAUGUCUCAGGAUUCUUGCAUUGUUUGGAGCGGAGCUUGUUGAUGGGAUGGUGAUACAGCAUGUUAACAGUAUGUAUGCUGUGAAUAACUUAUAUUGCUAGAAAUUCAAGUCGCAGAAUCUGACUAAAAUAUUUUAUUUUUUCUUUCUAAAACUCAAACGGCACCCUGUAUAUGACCCAAGUCUUAAUGGUAAAUGUGGCAUGAAUGCAUCACAGGCUUGUGGAGAGCUCAUUUUGCUGGUAAAAUUGAAAUAUAUUCAUGCUUGUUACUGUAUGAAGAUGCUCCGCUGUAUCAGCCUACAUUUUGUAUAACCCAGCCAUUAUGUUUUAAAGGUAUGAAUUUAUAUCUGCUUUUCUGUCUUUGUAUAUACAUAAAUUAUUUAGUUGCCCAUGGUAUGUGUAACGGUUCAUGUUAAACUGUACAUACUGAAGUUUAUUUCCAUGUAUUUGUACAGAAUGUCUUUUAAGAAUUGUCUCCAUUUAUUUUUUUUCCCAAUUUUAUGGGAAUGUUGUGCAAUAAAGAUGCAGAGGUAAAGGUU